ACGCGCGCCCUCCGAUUGGCCGAGCGGCUCCGCCGCCGCCGCGUGCUCCGGGAAAGCGGUCCCCUUCCUCGGGCAGCAACAUGGGCAAGAAGAAGAGCGCGGCGUCGGCGGCGGGGCCGGGCCUGGGCAGGGCGCUCCUCCGGGAGCGGGGACAGGGCCGCGGGGGAAGGCGGGACGCCGCCGGAUGGCUCCACACGAGUGACUUAAACGAUGGCUACGACUGGGGGCGCCUCAACCUCCAGUCCGUCACGGAGCAGAACUCUCUGGAUGAAUUCCUGGCUACCGCGGAAUUGGCAGGAACAGAGUUUGCGGCAGAGAAAUUGAACAUCAAGAUAGUUUCUCCUGAGGCUCGGACUGGCCUGCUAACAGCAGAAGAGGCACAAAAGAUCCAGGAGCUUCAGGAGCAACACAAGCAAUUCCUCUGCAUCCCACGGAGGCCACACUGGAACAAGCAGACCAGCCCUGAAAUGCUGAGCCAGGCGGAGAGGGACAGCUUCCUGGAGUGGAGGAGGCAGCUGGUUCGGUUGGAGGAAGAACAGAAGCUCCUUUUGACUCCCUUUGAGCGAAAUUUGGAUUUUUGGCGCCAGCUGUGGCGGGUCUUGGAAAGAAGUGACGUUGUGGUCCAGAUAGUGGAUGCCCGGAACCCCCUCCUCUUCAGGUGCAGAGACCUGGAAAGCUACGCCAAGGAAAUCAGCCCCGAGAAGGAGAACCUCAUCCUGCUGAACAAGGCUGACCUGCUGAGCGAGGAGCAGCGCGCUGCCUGGGCCCAGUUCUUUGAAGAGGAGGGGGUCAGGGUGGUCUUCUGGUCGGCCCUGGCCGAGGGCAAAAGGCUGGCUGCGCUCUCUAAGGGAACGGAGGCGGCGGAGGGAUCAGAGAAGGAGGCUUCCUGGCCGGAGGAGGACCAGACCCCGAGCAGCCAUUCCGAGAGUGACCCGGACUCUUCCUCAGCGCAAGAGGGCACCUCGGAGGAAGAGAGCGACGCUUACGAGGACUGCGAGGAGGACUUGGAGGGAGAGGAGGCCUGGCGGACGUGCUCCGAGGACGAGGGGGGCGGGGCCACAGGCGACGGGGCCUGGCGGAAGAACGGGAUGGGGGGCCUUGAGACCCCCACAGGGCCGGCCCCCCCUCUGCAGUGCCCCCCCAGAAACAGCAGCCACUUAGUGCAGCGAGAGGAGCUCCUGCAGGUCUUCCGAUCGGUCCAUGAAGGGAAGAGGACCAUCAGAGACGGGGAGGUGACCGUUGGGCUGGUGGGCUACCCCAAUGUUGGAAAGAGCUCCACCAUCAACACCAUCCUGGGGAAGAAGAAGGUCUCCGUCUCGGCCACCCCGGGGCACACAAAGCACUUCCAGACGCUGUACGUGGAGCCCGGCCUGUGCCUGUGCGACUGUCCCGGCCUGGUGAUGCCCUCGUUUGUCUCCACGAAGGCCGAGAUGAUUUGCAGCGGGAUCCUGCCCAUAGACCAGAUGAGGGACCACGUCCCCCCGGUCUCCCUCGUCUGCCAGCGCAUCCCCCGUUCUGUCCUGGAGGCAACUUACGGCAUCAACAUCGUCCGGCCCAGAGAAGGCGAGGAGCCUGACCGGCCACCCACCUCAGAGGAGCUGCUGACCGCCUACGGAUACAUGAGGGGGUUCAUGACUGACCACGGGCAGCCGGAUCAGCCCCGCUCGGCUCGCUAUGUGCUGAAGGACUACGUCACGGGCAAGCUGCUUUACUGCCACCCGCCUCCCGGAACAGACGCCCAGGAGUUCCAGCGCUGGCACAAGAGAGGCAGCCCGGCCCCCAAGGCCCCUCCCCCCGAGACAAGGACACGGCCGGGCCGGAGCCAGAGGGCCACGCAGAUGGACAAUGGAGUGGACGCAGACUUCUUCCACCGGGAGGAGAUCCGUGCCUUCACGCGGGGCAGCCACUCGGCGCUGGGCUCCCAAGGAGGACUCUCCGGCCAGGGGGGACUGCCCCCCUCCAGCGCCAAGGACGGCGGCCCAGGGAAGCCCUGGAAGAAGCACGGCAACAGGAACAAGAAGGAGAAGCUCCGCCGCGUCACCAGGCACCUGCAGGCCUGAGAAGGUUGGACUCGUGGGCGAGCGGAGGAGCAGCGGGGCCGGUCCAUCUGCCUCUGGGGAGCGCCCUGUUCAGUCGUGGCAGCCCCCUCCCUCCCUCCCUCCCUCUGCACCUCCUCCCUCCCAUCCCUGGACUGCUCUGGGGGGGGGGGGGUUGGAGGCUGUGGCUCGGGGGUCCCCUUGGGCUCUGAUCCAGGCCCUGGUCCAAGGAAGCUGCUGUGCAACGCAAGAGACCAAUCAUUACUCCCCCGGGGAAUAAAGUUUUGUUACCUUUC